AUGGGCCCCCGUACCGCCUCCUCAUGCUGCUGCCAGGCCCGUAAUCUGCCAUGGGCCCCCGUACCGCCUCCUCAUGCUGCUGCCAGGCCCGUAAUCUGCCAUGGGCCCCCGUACCGCCUCCUCAUGCUGCUGCCAGGUCCAGAGUGUGUCAUGGGUCCCUGUACGGCCUCCCAUUGCUGCUGUCUCCAUCGCCACACUCUGCCAUGUGCCACUUUCAGGUCUCCUCACACUGCUGGUGGGUUCCAUUUUUGUCAUAGGGUGCUGUAUGGCCUCCCAUUGCUGCUGCCUCCACCGCCACACUGUGGCUCCACACUCUGGUUUUGGCCCCGUGACUGCCCAAAUGAGUGAAGUGUGCGGUGAUUCUAAGAUCGACGGCACUCAUCUGCAUGUCAUACUGACUGACAGUAUUAUUUCUCUUCCCCAGCAGACUCCAAGGGCAUUUAAAUUAAAGGUACAGUGUUCUGCACUAAUAUAA